GUCACGCAGUGUCAAGUGGCCCCGCGCGACGGGAGGAGUGGUUGUGGGGGCCUCGUCCAGCCAUGGGGCCCGGCGCAGCAGUUGGCGCGCCUCUGGGGUGACGAGGCAUGCCCGCCGCCGGCCGCUGCCUCCUGGAUACUGAGUAGGCCGGGCGGCCAGGGAGACCCGCCAUGUCCUCCGUGGUGCCCGCGGGCAAGGCGGUGGCGCGCGCACCCGGGGCCGAGCACGAGGACCAGGCCGGCCAGGACCGCGAGGACGGGUCCGCGGAGGAGGAGGACAACAAACAAGAACUGCAGGAGGUCCUCUUCCCCGUGGGCAGCGUCGCCUCCAAGCCUGACCCCAUCAAGCUGCGGUCAUGGACGGACCAGGUGGUGCGCUGGGCACGUGGCAACAUGCUGCUGGUGCUGACAGUGGCUGCCGUGCUGGCGGGGAUAGCCGUCGGCUUCCUGCUGCGGUUAGCACGGCCCUCGCACGGCGCAAUCAUGAUUGUGUCCUUCCCCGGCGAGGUGUUCAUGCGGGCCCUCAAGAUGCUCAUCCUGCCGCUCAUCGUGUCCUCGCUCGUCGCAGGGAUGGCGCAGCUGGACGCGCGCUGCUCAGGCCGCAUGGGCUGCCGGGCGCUGGUCUACUACAUCACCACCACCGUGCUGGCAGCCAUAGUGGGCAUUGUCAUGGUGCUGAUGAUCCACCCGGGCGACCCACGCAUCAAGAAUAUCGUCGCGGCGCCCGCCACUAAGGCUCAUGUCACCACUCUGGACACCAUCCUCGACAUUAUCCGGAACAUGUUCCCGGACAACCUGAUGCAAGCGUGCUUCCAGCAAGUGCAGACCACAUACAAGAAGGUGCCGAAGCUGGUGCCGAAGGUGAAUGCCUCCAUCGACCCGGCCGGCGGGUUCUCCCUCAAGCACGAGCUCGAGUACAAGGAUGGCACCAACGUCAUGGGCAUGAUCGUGUUCUGCAUAGCUUUUGGCCUAGUGGCUGGACAGAUGGGCGCUGCUGGGAGGCUGAUGGUGGACUUCUUCAUGGUGCUCAACGACAUCAUCAUGAAACUGGUUGGCAUCGUGAUGUGGUGCUCACCCGUCGGCAUCCUGUGUCUGAUCGCCGGCAAGAUCAUGAGCAUCGACAACAUGGCAGUAACGGCGCAGCAGCUGGGGCUCUACAUGGUCACUGUGAUCUUGGGCCUCUUGGUGCAUGCCCUCAUCACGCUGCCAUCCAUCUUCUUCUUCUUCACACGCCGCAACCCAGCGAUCUUCUUCCAGGGCAUCUUCCAGGCCUGGGUCACCGCGCUGGGCACGGCCUCCAGUGCCGCCGCGCUGCCGGUCACCUUCCAGUGCCUCGAGGAGAACAACCACAUCGACCGGCGCGUGACUCGCUUCGUGGCCGCCGUGGGCGCCACCGUCAACAUGGACGGCACAGCGCUCUACGAGGCCGUGGCCGCCAUCUUCAUCGCGCAGAUGAACGGCGUCAGCCUGGGCAUUGGCGAGAUCAUCACUGUCAGCUUGACGGCGACCCUGGCCAGCAUCGGGGCGGCCUCCAUCCCCAGCGCCGCCCUCAUCACCAUGCUGAUGGUGCUGACGGCGCUCGGCCUCCCCACCGAGGACAUCUCGCUGCUGUUCGCCGUCGACUGGCUGCUGGACCGCAUCCGCACGUCCAUCAACGUGAUGGGCGACGCGUUCGGCGCCGGCAUCGUGUACCACCUGUCCAAGGCGGAGCUGGACCGCAUGGACGCCGAGAGGGGCGUCGACGGGGACUCGCCCGGCGAGGCGCCGCGCAGGGCCGAGGUGGUCCUGGACGAGGACCUGGUGGACACCAAGGUGUGAGCCGGCAACACCGCUCCACGGCCUGGCAACACCGCUCCGCGACCUGGCACCUCAGUGCGACCGGAUUACACAUAGUAGAAGUAGUUCCACAAAUGUACCACCAUCAUGUUAUUUGUUCAUUCAAUGCACUUUGUAAGUGUGCAAGUAUUUAAACAUUUGCUAGCAUAGAGUUGUACAUAUAUAGAUAUCUAUUAUUCAUCGCGUAAAAUGAUAUUUCUUUUAUUAAUCAUAUGAAAAAAUUAUAAAUAUUGUACCGAGUGAUUAUUGAUAGCAGUUGCAGGCUAAACUAUAUAAGCAGUCUGAGUAUAUAAAUUGAGGGUGAACUAGGGGAAUGAAAUAUUUCACAGGAAUGACCGAUUCGCCACUGCCGUAAAUUCGGGCAUCUGUUUUGGGAACUCGAUAAUUACCGGGUAAACAAUAACGAGUAUAGCCUAUGCUAAAUUUGUCAACAUAUAUCUCUGACUUUAAAAAAUACUAUAUUUAAUCAUAUUUACUUCACAACUCUAAACUUUCUAACCAAUUAUUUUCCCACUACAGCUAUAUUUUCAGGAGAAAAGUUGAGGUUUAUCCGCGAUUUGAUUUCAAUACGUUUAAAGUAGCAGUAAAAUUAUUAUUUUAAUAUUAUAUCGUAUUAGAAAACUAAAAACCAAAUUAAUUGGAGAGAUUUGUCACCUUAAUGGAUUAACAGGUAUAAUUUUACCACACUGUGCAGCUAAAUUAAUUUAUAAUAUAAUUAUCGUAAUAAUUAGGUACUGAAAAUCUUUACCACAUUUAUUAUAUAUAUAUCCACUAGGGAAGAUAUACACUUAAGAAAAAUAAUUAAUCAUACUUAUACUAUUCAAAUGUAGACCAUUCUACCUAAAUUAUUAAACAGGAGAAUAGAUAUCUGAAUAUUAGUAUUAUUACGUUAGUAUUUAUUGGGAAGGCGCAUUCCAUGCAAGUAUAAGUUGGAGCUAUACGCAUUUAUGUUUAUGUGCGUGAGCAUUCCGAAGUACAAAAGUUGAAAAUAAAUCUUAUUUAUUUUUAGCAUAGUAACAAAACUGAUUGUUAUUCUUCCCUGCAUGAUCUUCGCCACACACACAUGCAUAGCAUUUUUACAUCGGCAGUGUAUUGAUUGAUAUACACGCCACGGAAAAGAUCCGAACAUGUUACUCAAGUGUUAGAUUUACAAAAAUAUAGAAAUAAAUUUAUUGGUGAGUAAGAAUAAAUAAUUUAAUAUAAAUUCAUAUUUCUUUAAUGUGUUUUACGUGUGUAUCAGUGAGUAUUACGUUAAUGUAUCCUAUAAAUGUUUGUUAUAAGGGUUAUUGUUAAGAUAUUGUAUUUUAAUAAUGUAGAUAAUAAGUUUUACCUAGGUAUAAGUUUGUGUUACUCUCUGGAAAGCCACAACUCUUCACUAAAUAUUUUUUGUGUGUUAGGUUAAGUCAAGUCAGCACUUUGUGUCAUUUUUUUAAAUCGAACUGUCUCUCAGCCAUGCACAAAAUGACUCUUAAGUGCUGGCAAUCUUUAAAUAUUACGAUACUCAAAACGUGUUUUGUUAAUAUUGUGUAUCAUGUAAAGUAUAGAAAAACAAUUUUCUGAGUAAAUACACCAAAAAAGAUUUCCAUUUUUUUUAUAUAUUCAGCGUUUAAAAUGACAUGUUGGAAAGCAAACUUAACAGUUUUCACUUGUAUCCUUUAUUUCUUUAUUUAUAUGUCUUAUUCCAUAAAUUAUUAGACACUUCAAAUUAUUUCAGUAAUAAUAAACUCAUCAAGAGUUCAACCUCAAAUUCAAAACAAAUAUUUUUUGCAUUUAGAUUUUUUCACAGUUUUACGUGAAGGUACUAUAUUAACGUGCUCAAUUUAGUAUCAAACUCACUACUACGAAACACUGACAUAUUUGGAGUUAAUUUGGACUUAAUAAUAAACUUAAAUGACAAUUAUCAUUAGGUACAAAGAUCAUAGGAAAGUAGCCUAUGCACUGGCAAAUUACCAUACUGGAAGUUAAAAUUUAUCGUAUUGCGUUUCUGGUCAAUGCAUAGUAAUAAUACAUUAUCAAAAUAUCCUCUUUCUCUUUCCAAUCAUGCUCUUCUACCAUGCUUGGCUCACCUUGGUCUCAAAAUAAUUUACCUAUACAUCUUCAUCAGUGCAAAACCAUUCACCUGCGGCGUAAGAUGACAUCAAUCAUCCUACGUAAUCUUCUUGAAGCAAGUUAACCACGAUACCAGUGAAAUAAAGCAUGAUCGAUCAGAAUAAGUGAUGACAAUGUGUGUUCAGCUUAAAGAAGUGUUUAAUUUUUGUUUACGACACAGUAAUUUCUUCUAAGUGGUUGCAUAAGGGAGUGAUUAUGGUUCAUUUAAAAAAUUUUGUUGAAAAAAUUUGAUCAACAAGAAACACUUAGAUUUUGUCACAAUUUGACAAAGCUGCUCGCCGUUGUAUAUAAGAUAGUAUUAUAUAAAUCACACAUAAAUUACAACACUGCACCAGAAAAUUUGUUUCGGGAUUUUGGGAAAUACCGUUUCAUGAUGGACAGUUAUUCAUUUUUUGUUUUGUUUUUUUGCUUGUAGUGGAACGAUAUAUACUCACCUGAAAUAUUUUUACCCGGACCUGUCAGAGUUUUGAAACAACUCAAAGCGGCAUAGUUAUAUCAAACAAAGACAUAAUAUAUUUACUGUGUGUAGCCCCUAGAGCCGGGGUCGGCAGACCGCACAGCACACAGGCUCUGCAACUUACAGUGCUGCCACAGCACGAAAACAAAUCAGAUCUCGUCAACCGCUUGGAAGCUUACGAAAGAGAGAAAUCAAAUUUGAUAUAUCACCAUAAAUGUACGGCUGCAAAAAAAUCCCUACAAUAGAGACAAUCAUAUUUGAUUGCGUGGAGUAGGCUUCCUGAAACCUAUGACACAACAAAAAAAAAACUAGCAUUUUCUAUUCUAACAAUCUUUGGCUCUACCUAUUAAUGUGAACAAACAUUAUCUUCAAUUAAUCAAUUAAAAAUUGAAAAUGAAGUAAAUUAAUCGACAACUUAUAAUCAUGUCUAAAAUGGAAAAUAAGAAGUUACUUGCCAGGCAAGCUAAGCUUUCGAAAGCAAUGCAAAGUCACCGUUCCAAGGAAGUAAUAAAUUUUACAAAGUCCAGGUAAAUUUUUUUUAAUUUUAAUAACUAAUCCAAAUAUUUUAGGUUUUCUUAUGUUAUCAGUAGAGAUCUACUAAUAACAACCACAGUUUUUUUUUUUACAUUUUAGCGUUUUUUUCUAAGUAGCCUUUAUUUUUAAGACUUUAUAUUGAAUUUUUGAAUAAAAUAGUUUGAUUUCAUCUCAUUUUUAUCGUUUUAAAGUUCCGUGUACUUACAGAGAAAACACAUAUUGCGGCUCUCUAGAUAAUUGGGGAAUCUGUUUACUUGAUAUUCGGUUCAUCUCUCUGAAAGUCUGCCGACCCCUGGCCAAGUGGAACAUGGAAUCAAAGUGAGGCGACGACGAAACACAUUAAGACUCGGUCGCAUCCGCCACGUUGGUUAUCUCGUGGUCUUGUCAUCGCUAUUUAUUAAGGCUAUUCGUGUCAAUUUAUUAUGAUAGCUAUCUUGCCUUUCUAGUUCCUUCACAAUUUUUCUCAACAAAUUUGUUUCUAAUACAGUAUGUACCUAAAAUAAUGUCCAUGUUAUAAAUCUUAAUAGUAUUAAUAGUAAGCGCUGUAGAGUGUUGGUUUAGGGUCACAAUUAAUGAGUAACUGAACCAGUUUUAGAUUAGCGCAUGCGCGAGUACUGCUUUGUUGUUUUCUCUUGCAGAGCCACCUACACAAAAUGGCGACUCCUGAGCGUAAAGUGUUUUGUGUUCCACAAUUUGCUAAGAGUUCAUCUGUAAUUUAAGUUCAAAGUGCGUUUAGUUUAGAGUUCAAUUGUGAUCCCCGUGUGGCAAAAACAUCCACCGACGACACGACAGAUCUCUUUUGCGCUGGCCUCCACGUUCACUUGACUAAACGCUGUGUAAUUUUUUUUACUUUGGGUCUUUAUAAAAUAAUGUGUAUAUGUUCCGCCGCCAGAGUUGAGAUACAGUAUUCAAAAGAGAAUUCCAUUACUCCAGACAUGUUUAACAAGGUGCAGGAAGAAAUCGACUUUAAAUUGGAUGUGUGCUGUAUAACUAAAGAUGCACAUAGUGGACAUUUUUAAGAAAAACCGUGUUAGUUUACCUUCAAUUUGAUCUGUGAUCAAAUUUAUUGUCUAAAUUAAACUAUUAUAAUAUACCAUUGAAA